GCCGCCGCCGCCGCCGCUCCCGCCGCUCCCCGCCGCCGCCGCCGCCGCGCUGCAGGACUGGCUAUGGCCACCACUACUUCCGGGUUCCGUCACUUCAUUCUCCCGCCGAUCAGCGCUGCAAAACUGAGCCUCUUCUAUAAGGCAGCCAGCAGCCAACCUGCCAACACUUACUGACACUCACUCAUCUCAGAGAGCCAGGGAGAGAGGGAGGCAAAAUACCUACCGGGAGGAGGAAAAAAAAACAGAGAGAGAGAGAGACAGAGAGGGGGAAGUCCGGGCUUUGCAAACUAUUCCAUUUUUCUUCGCAUCUUUCCCCACCCCCCUUCACAGUACUUAAAAAAAAAAAAAAAAAUAACCAAACAACAACAAAAAAAAAAACCAACCAACAACCAAACCAAACCAACAACCAAAAAAAAAAACCAAACCAACCCUAAAGCGAUCCUAAAAGGCAAAACCCGAGCGCGGAGUUACUGGAAGAAGAAACCGGGGUUAAAAAGAUUCCUCCUCUCUUCUUCAUCAUCAUCAACCAUCAUUCAUUCACUACCUUGACAUUCCCUGGCUUUGAUUGACAGCUGGAGUGGCAAAAAGCCAUGAGACACGACAGUUUGGUUACAUGUGGGUUGCUGACGGGCCGAUCGUAACCUUCAGUUUGGGGGCUUGACAAUUUUUUUUUUUUUUUUUUUUUUUUUUUUUUGCGUAGAGAAAGAAAAAAGGAAAAAGAGAGAGAGAAAAAGGAAAGAGAGAAAGAGAGAGAAAAAAGAAGAAAACAGAGAAACUCAUCGUGGUUCUUGACUGUUUUUUAUAUAUUAUUGUUGUUGUUAUUGUUGUUGUUGUUGUUAUUAUUUGCCCAUAUUGGAGGAUAGGAGAAGUCUAUAAGUGGGUUGCAAAAAAAAAAAAAAAAAAAAAAAAAAGGAAUCUUCUUCACUUUAAAUCACUUUCUUUGCUGGACUGGGAUAUUAAAUAUACGACACAUCCAGGAGUUUAUUGGAGCGCAGACUGAUGGCGCAAAGGUACGAUGAGCUGCCCCACUACGGCGGGAUGGACGGAGUAGGGGUGCCGGCCUCCAUGUACGGGGACCCCCACGCCCCCCGGCCGAUCCCCCCGGUGCACCACCUCAACCAUGGGCCGCCGCUCCACGCCGGACAGCACUACGGCGCCCACGCCCCGCACCCCAAUGUCAUGCCGGCCAGCAUGGGCUCCGCUGUCAACGACGCCCUGAAGCGGGACAAGGAUGCGAUCUACGGGCACCCGUUGUUCCCCCUCUUAGCUCUGGUCUUUGAGAAGUGCGAGCUGGCGACCUGCACGCCCCGGGAGCCCGGCGUGGCCGGCGGGGACGUCUGCUCCUCCGACUCCUUCAACGAGGACAUCGCCGUCUUCGCCAAACAGGUCCGCGCUGAGAAACCACUUUUUUCUUCAAAUCCAGAGUUGGACAAUUUGAUGAUCCAAGCAAUACAAGUACUAAGGUUUCACCUUUUGGAAUUAGAAAAGGUUCAUGAAUUGUGCGAUAACUUCUGCCAUCGGUACAUUAGUUGUUUGAAAGGAAAAAUGCCAAUAGACCUCGUGAUUGAUGAAAGGGAUGGCAGCUCCAAAUCAGACCACGAAGAACUCUCAGGAUCUUCCACAAAUUUAGCCGACCAUAAUCCUUCAUCUUGGAGAGACCACGAUGAUGCAACCUCAACGCACUCGGCAGGCACACCGGGGCCCUCCAGUGGGGGCCAUGCUUCCCAGAGCGGAGACAACAGCAGCGAGCAAGGAGAUGGUUUAGACAACAGUGUAGCCUCACCUGGUACAGGGGAUGAUGAUGACCCAGACAAGGACAAAAAGCGUCAGAAGAAAAGAGGCAUUUUCCCCAAAGUAGCAACAAAUAUCAUGAGAGCGUGGCUUUUCCAGCAUCUCACACAUCCAUAUCCUUCAGAGGAGCAGAAGAAACAGUUAGCCCAAGACACAGGACUUACAAUUCUACAAGUAAACAACUGGUUUAUUAAUGCCAGAAGAAGAAUAGUACAGCCUAUGAUUGACCAGUCAAAUCGAGCAGGUUUUCUUCUUGAUCCUUCAGUGAGCCAAGGAGCAGCGUAUAGUCCAGAGGGUCAGCCGAUGGGAAGCUUUGUAUUGGAUGGUCAGCAGCACAUGGGAAUCCGGCCUGCAGGUUUGCAAGGCAUGCCAGGGGACUACGUAUCUCAGGGUGGUCCUAUGGGUAUGAGUAUGGCACAGCCAAGUUACACUCCUCCCCAGAUGACCCCACACCCUACUCAAUUAAGACAUGGACCCCCAAUCCAUUCAUAUUUGCCAAGUCACCCCCAUCACCCAGCCAUGAUGAUGCACGGAGGACCCCCUACCCACCCUGGAAUGACCAUGUCAGCACAGAGCCCCACAAUGUUAAAUUCUGUAGAUCCCAGUGUUGGUGGACAGGUUAUGGACAUUCAUGCCCAAUAGUAUAAGGGAACUCAAGGGAAAAACAAAACAAAACAAAAAAAACCACAAAACAAACAAACAAAAAAAAAAAAAACAAAAACAAAAACUAUUUUAAGACUUUUGAACUUUGACCAGAUGUUGACACUUAAUACGAAAUUCCAGACAGCUGUGAUUAUUUUUUACUUUUUGUCAUUUUUCAUCAACAACAGAGGACCAACGAAACAAGAACACAAAUGUGAAAUCAUGGGCUCACUGAAAUGAAUAUGUCCAUGUACAGAUCCUCUGGAAAAAAAAAAAGACUCCAAGAGUUAUAACUACUGUAGUAUAAACAUAGGAACUAAGUUAACUUGUACAUUUCUGUUGAUCACUCCGUUACGUUGCCUCAAAUAGUUUUAGAAGAAAAAAAAUCCUUGUUUUCCACACUAUGUGUGUUGUUCCCAAAAGAAUGACUGUUUUGGUUCAGCAGUGAAGUCACUAUCCAUGAAAGACCUGUUUUGGCCAGUGAGAAAAGAACUACCCUGGAGAUGAAGACGAAAAGUCUUGCUGGGUCUCUCAUCACUCAGAAGACUGUUCCAAGAAGGCCUUGCCAUUCCCUCGUUUUGUUCCUUCAUAAAAUGUGUCCUUUAGUUUCAAACAGAUCUUUAUAGUUUGUGCUUCAUUAAGUCUCUCCCCAUUCCUCCCCAAUUUUUUUUUUUUUUUUUUUUUGGACUCUUCUUCAAAGAGCUUGCAGGUGAAGAUUUAAAAGACAGACCAGACAGAGCAGGAGCUUCUUCCAGUAGUUCUGAGCCUUGGCUUUGGACAAAACAAAACUAAAAGUUGGGCAGCUUUCCUCAAUGAAAGAAGUUACUAACGGUCUUUGCACCAAACCUAGGACUUUAUCAUGAACUCAAAGCUUGGGAAAAAAAAAGCAAGAGAAUACUGUAACAAACUUCGUACAGAGUUCGGUCUAUUAAUUGUUUCAUGUUAGAUAUUCUAUGUGUUUACCUCAAUUGAAAAAAAAAAAAGAAUGUUUUUGCUAGUAUCAGAUCUGCUGUGGAAUUGGUAUUGUAUGUCCAUGAAUUCUUCCUUUCUCAGCACGUGUUCCUCACUAGAAGAAAAUGCUGUUACCUUUAAGCUUUGUCAAAAUUUACAUUAAAAUACUUGUAUGAGGACUGUGACGUUAUGUUUUAAAAAGAAAAAAAAAGGUGUUAAGUCACAAAAUGCGGUAAUAAAUAUUUCAUUUUUGAUUUUU